AUGGGCUCAACCGCGAUAGACGAGGCCUUGGUGCUCGCGAGGUUCGAUAAGCUCGUUGGUGAUGGGGUCGUGAUGUACGCGGAGGACAUGGAGAAGAUUUACUAUGAGGACGGGGGUUUCAAGUCUCGCCAGGUCGAAUUCCGUAUCACGUCGGCUCUGAAGAGCAAACCCGGCGCCGUGAAGGACAACGCGGCGCUGGACGACGCGAACGCCAAUGCCAACGGAGACUCGCACGCCUCCAGAACAAAGAACCCCAACACUGACACCAACGGCAACGCCCAGAAUGGGACGCCGCGCGGGAUCGAAUUCGACGCAAACGGCUGCCUGCCCGGAGGAGACAUCAGCAUCGCAGGCUACGAGAUCGGCCCCGUCGGCGAGUCCCACGUCCUCGCGUUCAACAAGUUUUGCGCCUACAGGCCGCACCUUCUACUCAUGACGGCCGACGGGCGCAAGCGACAGUUUGAGGGGCUGAGCAGCGGGGACCUGGGGGUCGCGAGCGAGGUUCUGGCGGGGUUGAACCGCGGCGGUCGCGGCGGCGGGCAGGAGUACCUCGUCAUCUUCAACUGCGGCAAGGAGGGCGGCUGUAGCCGGCUUCACAAGCACAUGCAGGUCAUACCCGCGCCCGACGUCAUCCCGCUGUGGCCUGACGAGGUCGGUUCGACGGGGGACGCGGAGGGGCAGGAGCUGCCGAUGCGGUAUUUCAUCCACAGAUUCUCUGAGUCUUCGAACGGAAAUCACAGCGGCGGGCGUGGCGAGAUGCCGUCAGCAGACGAGCUGGCGGAUGCCUACUGGCAGAUGCUCCAGCAGGCGGCGGAGGUGAUCCCGGGGCGAAAGGAGGCCGUCGAGAAAGACAACGUCGGGAGGGAGGUGACGGUACCGCAUAACGUUGUGUUGAGCGAGAGGUGGAUGGUGGUGAUUCCGAGGGUGACGGAUGGGGUCGACGGUGCUGGCGUGAACGCGGCGGGGAUGCUGGGUGUUGUUUGGGCUUCGGAGACGAAGACGGUUGACAAGUGGAAGAGACUUGGGCCGAGACUGGUGUUGUCGGAGGUUGGUAUUCGGGCGUGGAAGGGAGAUAAUGUUGCAGCAGAAAGAUGUCACAAGAGGCUGGCAUAG